CUCCCCGCAUCAGGGAUGCGCACCCGCGAGGAGGUGGACGCGACACUGCAGAUCGCGAAGCUGAACCCCUCGGAGCUACUCCCCACCGUGCACUGCCUGAGCUUCAGCCCCGGGGCCAGCGGAGCCACGGCCGGGGACUUCUGCCUGGUGGAGCUCGAGCCCGCGCUUUGCCAGCAGCUGGAGGCGGGGCACAGUCUUGUGAUCCGUGGUGACAAAGAUGAACAGGCAGUGAUUUGCAGCAAAGAGAAAACCUAUGACCUGAAAAUAGCAGAUACUUCAAAUAUGUUGCUUUUUAUACCAGGCUGCAAAACGCCAGAUCAAAUAAGAACUGAGGAAAUGCCUUCUAACAUAAUUCACACUGAGAUCUUUGGUUUUGCUAACAAUUAUUGGGAAUUAAGAAGAUGUAGGCCAAAAUUAAAGAAACUGAAGAAACUUUUGAUGGAAAAUCCAUAUGAAGGGCCUGAUGCUCAAAAGGAAAAGGAUUCAAAUCUUUCAAAAUAUACAAUGGCAGACUUGCUUGAUCAAAUUCAGGCAAGUGAGGAGGAAAUCCUGGCCCAUUUACAAGUUCUACAUGCCUGUGAAAUUGAAGGUUACUGGAGGAGUCUUGAAUUUGAUUAUGAGAUGAAACUUCUAAAUCACAUAACCCAGCUUGUGGAUUCUGAAUCUUGGCCUUUUAAUAGAGUUCCUUUAACUGCUUGUCUUCAGGAACUUGGACCACUGGAACCAGAGCAAAUGAUAGAACACUGUCUUGAGUGUUAUGGAAAGAAAUAUAUGGAUGAAGGCGACAUUUAUUUUGAAUUAAAUACUGAUAAAAUAUGCAGAGCAACAGCACAGAUGCUGUUACAGAAUGCAGUGAGAUUUAAUCUCUCUGAAUUUCAGGAAGUGUGGCAACAGAGUGUCCCUGAAGGAAUGACAACGAGAAUGGAUCAGCUGAAGGGUUUAGCACUCAUGGAUAAAUACACGCGGCCAGAGACUAUAUUUUUGCUAAAGGUAGAUGAUUUACCUGAAGAAAAUCAGGAAAGAUUCAAUAGCUUAUUCACUCUAAGAGAGAAGUGGACAGAAGAAGAUAUUGCUCCAUAUAUUCAAGAUCUGUGUGGAGAGAAGCAAACAAUUGGCGCAUUGCUCACCAAGUAUGCUCGUUCAUCAAUGCAGAAUGGUGUCAAAUUUUAUAAUUCUAGAAGACCUGUAUCUUAAAAGCCAAAGAUAAUAUACUUUACCUGUUGGCUGU